UCCCUGCAUGUGUUAUUAAUUGACAACUAAUUGGUACGACGAUCAUAAUGAAUUACGCAUGCGCAAUGGGUUAAGUAGGAAAACAAACAAGUUGGUUAAGUCUGACAAGACCUACUACCUAAGUGUCUACAACCAUAUGAAUCGUACGGGCGAUAAAAUCUCUUAGAUUAAAGCUGGUCCCUGGAACUUUUGGAAGUUUCUAUCAGAAUAUAUAAUCAAUAGAAAAACAAAUUGAUAAUAACACUCAUGAGUGUCAGUCGAACAUACUGAUAAUGAUGUGAGCCGGUCAAUCUAUAGAAGCUUUAUGUGGAAAUAAAAUGAAAAAAGGAAGAGUGACUAUGAAAAACUAAACUGAGAAAGUGAGUUGMUAUGAGCAAGUUUUAAACUUGAUAAACAAUCACUCUAAAUAAUUCUCAAAUUCGUCGAGAAAAUAAAGCGAUGUCAAACAAAACUGACUUCUUGGGGCUGUAUUCGAUUGGUUGCCUCUGAUAAUGAUAUAACGCAUGACAGAAUGACAAUUUYCUAAGGGUAAUAUUGACUCUCUUCAGUGAUGAAAAUUACAUUAAGUGGCAAUCUAGACCUAGUGGCCUCGAAUUGUCAUAUAACCCUGGAAGCUUAACGGGAAAAAACUAUAUUAAUUUGAAUACUGUUUUGUUGGGGCAACCUUCUGCGAUUUACGACUCAAAAUCGUCUAAUUUGUCCAAUCUUAUCACUGGCAAUAUUUGAAGGAGAAAAACAAUUUAAAGAUUUUCUCUUAAAAAAACUGAACAGCUGCUGUAGAAGAGCGAAAAUAACUUGGACAUCAUCAUCGUUUCUGGUGAAUAUGGUCGUGAAGGUGAUUAUUACGUUAGUCUGCACGACACUGCUGAUGGUAAUGGUGUUCAUUAGUGGACAACCAUCAUGUACCCAAAAGUGCCCCAACUCGUAUGGACAUGUUAUCAACUGUUCCCUUAACAGUCCAGAUCAUUCAAUACGUUCACAAACGACCAUCUCUCAGCUUCAGUGUUUUGAUAUGUGUAUAAGACAACCUGGAUGUGAGUUUUACAACUACGUCAAACAAGCUGGGAAUGAUACAUGUCAGUUAUUCAAAGAUCUUUGGUCUUUUGAUGAUCAAGAGAAAAUGGUUGUGCAUCCUGGAGCCACCUUCACAUGGAUAGCAAGGGAUAAAUAUUUACAGUGGUUGUCCCCAGAUUGUCCAGGAGUCAAGAGCCUUGSUUCAAACGACUCGUUAAUUGGUUCAAUCAAGAAGCCUCUUGAUAUUGCUUUUCUGCUGGACACGUCUAUUGAUCCCGAAAGCAACUUUAAGCUCGAAAAAGAAUUUGUUUCUAAAGUUCUACGAAGGUUCAAGCAGAGUUCCCGCUACACCAAGGCAGCCAUUGUGGAGUACAGCACAAAUGCUGUGGURACGUUUUCGUUUAAUAACUUUACGACGCCAUCAGUUUUCGAGAAUUUCCUUCAAAACAUUCCUUGUAAAAAAGGAACAACAAGAUACGACAGAGCUCUUUAUCUUGCCGAAAGCCAUCUGUUUUCAAGCCAAGGGGGUGCCCGUCCCUUUGCUCACAAAGUGGUCAUUUUGAUCACCAACAGCGAGAUCAAGGUCAGCGAAUAUGAUAAAUAUAAUCUUAUCGAGUUAAAAAAAUCUUAUGAGAAGAAGUGCAUUCAUUUGUUUGCUGUGGGUAUUGGUCUCGGCAAAAAACCAGCAUUCAAUGUGGCCAAGAGACCUGGGAAUGGUACUGAAGAUUAUUUAUUAAGGKUGGAUCAUUUCUCUCAGCUUGAAGCACAAGCCAGUCAGUUUUCCAACAAAAUUGGUGCAGCACUCGACUGAUGUUGGUCCAGUAACCUGCCAUUGUCAUUAAAGACCGUCUAGAUCUUUUUCCUUCAGCACUUGACUGAUGUUGGCACUCAUAUAUCACUACAUAGCUUCCCUAUGGUAAAUGGAGUCUAAAAGACACUAUUCACAUUCACUUGGGUACAGUUAUCAAUAUCAAUGAAWCCAGACGUUAAAGAAUAAUUGCUUGCUUUAGAGGUCAGACAAGUCUUCGUGCACAGGUAUUGCUUGUAAUAAUGGUAAUGUAAAUGUAAACGCUUAUGGAGAGUCUAGUUAACAUAUAGCUUUAUCAUGACAACAUAGGGAUGAAUGCAUUAAAACUCCAGUAAAUUAGGUAGAAAAGGCAAGAUCAGGAGAAUUCAUGAAUCGGGUUUGUAUAUACAUAAUGUACUAUAGUGAAAUKCAUUGGCUGAGGAGUGAAAACCACGUUAAAUUUCACGAGAAAACCGGUAUUAGUUUUCGCGUUUAUUUGGUGUUUUGAUUGGAAAGAAUGACGAAACAUUAAGAUUUAAGUCAAAAUUCAAAGAGGGUUCCCUUAUUUUUAAUGCGACUCCACCUAAAAUAGACGCUUGUAUACGUCAUCUUUAGCCAAUCAGCGCGCGCAUUUAAGAUGUGCUAUGAGAUUCUAUAUAAUAUUAUCAUUAGACAUUUAUAAUUUCAUAAGGGAUGGUAAUACUAAACAAAAAUUCGUCGGUAAAUGGAAAGAAAUUCUUUCAUUUCCUAGUUGGGUCAAAACAGAUUUCGAUAUUUAAAUUUGUCAAGUGAUUUUGAA